AUGGCCAAGUACUCCUUCAUCGCCAUUAUUCUACUGCUCGCAUUCGAAAGAGGAUUGUUGGUGGAUGGUGAAAUCUGUUCGGAUGAUUUGGGAUACUGCGAUAAUAUUUGCGAUUCAAACUGCAAAUCGAUUCAUCCGAAAGGCAAUGGAACUUGUGUAGAGGAUGAGGCUUCGGUGAUGGUGUGUAGGUGUUCGUAUUUCUGCUUAUCUCCUCCUCCACGUCGUCGAUGUAAUGUAGGAAUCGAUAGAUGUACUGCAGCUUGUAAUGAGAAGUGCUGCGACGAAAACUGCAUGUCUAAAUUUCCAGAACAUCUGAACUGCCAUGGAUCCUGCUCCGAUCUUUUACCGCCACAAUUUAGUGUUUGCAUUUGUGCUUAUGACUGUUAG